CUCAGAACAAAGUCAAGCACACUGAUCAACAAGGCGAAUGGACGAGCACUUGGAGAUCCACCUCUUGGCCAACCGCACUGUGACAGACGACUCGACUGGCAAGACGAUCAAGUACACCAACUACACGAUCUACAUCAAGAAUGUGUCCACGGGCCAGAAGUACUCUGUCCAGCGACGGUAUUCGCAUUUCUACGAGCUACGCAAUCAACUCGUGGCCAUCGUGAAUUGGGGCCAUUGUCCAUUCUGCAGCCAUUGCUGCUCCGUCGUCAAAUCGUAUCCGUUCCCAAAGCGAACUCCGCUGUCUUGGCAACUGAGCGUGGUCCAGGAACGGAUCGACGGCCUCGCGCUCUUCCUCAAGGUCAUCUUGCGCGACCUCCUCGGUGGCGCGUUUCGACAGUGCACCCAUGCCGACACGAAUAUCCGCCACAACGUCAUCCGGUCGUUCCUCGAAAUCGACGAGCAGCACUUGAUGCGGCGUGUGCCGAAGGUGCCGGAAGUCAAGGUCGAGCGCAUUCGGUCGUACUUGGAGCCGCAGCGCACGACCCCAGACAUCACCCCCAAGCGCAAAGUAGCUGCCGACACAUGUCCUUCGUGCAUGUCCAAAUGGAUUGACUGCUACUGCAACGACGACGAAAUGUUUCCCGAGCGAAUACAAGAAAUGGAGUCGCCAACCAAGUAGUCCAUCCGCCCAACCUGUCACGACGUUAGUACCAUAAUGUUGCUAUCGUGAGAAUGUGUCAGGUUUGAGUUUCAGCUGUGAAUUCAACCUCACGACACUCAACAACAUAUAUACAGUCAGCCUGGAUGCAGUCAAGCUGAGCUGAACAGCAUAUGCAUGUAGAGUGAACUUGCUGCAAAGGGCAUCCCGCCUACGGCAAUGUGAGCGAAUGCGGAUAUUAAAGGGGGGGUUGAUAUAACUAUAAAUCGCAAUCAAAAGGUAAAAGUCUCACCAGGCGGAAAUAGUAAGUGUACCCUUGACAGCUUAUUAGGAUAUGUAUUUGAUCCAAUCAAUAUAUGAGAC